AGUUCCAUAAACAUUCUCUUUCAGCUCAUCAAAUUCUCUCUCAAUUAUUAAAUACUCUUACUUUAAUUUAAUGGCUAUUUUCAUUAAUUUUUAUUUAAUUUUCACUAUUUUCUUCCUGAAUUACUUGUUUUUUCAUGCAGAUUCAGCUAACAUUACUAGCAAAAAAUGCGUCGGGCCGAUCGGCACCCGCCAUAUCUCCGUUAACGUUCAUGGUUUUGGAGAUUACCAGUCAGUUCAAGAUGCAGUGGAUUCAAUUCCUCAAAACAAUAAUAUGAAUGUCAUUAUUGACAUUUGCCCUGGUUAUUACAUUGAGAAAGUGGUGGUGCCAGUAACAAAACCAUACAUAACGUUUCAAGGAGCUGGGAGGGACGUUACGGUAAUAGAAUGGCAUGAUAGAGCAAGUGACAAAGGAGCUAAUGGACAACAGCUACGUACAUACCAAACAGCAUCUGUUACAGUUUAUGCUAGUUAUUUCUCAGCCAGAAAUAUUAGCUUCAAAAACACAGCACCAGCACCAUUACCAGGGAUGCAAGGAUGGCAAGCAGUGGCAUUUCGGAUCUCCGGCGACAAGGCCUAUUUCUCCGGGUGUGGAUUCUACGGUGCACAAGACACUCUCUGUGACGACGCCGGCCGCCAUUACUUCAAAGAAUGUUACAUUGAGGGUUCUAUUGACUUCAUUUUUGGCAACGGUCGCUCUAUGUAUAAGGCCUGUGAGUUACAUUCAAUAGCCACAAGAUUUGGGUCCAUAGCAGCCCAAGAUAGAAGAUCUUCGGAUGAGAAGACUGGAUUUGCAUUCUUGGGCUGCCGAGUUACAGGUUCUGGCCCACUUUAUGUGGGCCGUGCAAUGGGCCAGUAUUCCAGAAUUGUCUAUUCAUACACCUACUUUGAUGAUGUUGUGGCCCAUGGUGGUUGGGAUGAUUGGGACCAUGUUAGCAACAAGAACAAGACUGCAUUUUUUGGAGUAUACAAAUGUUCAGGCCCAGGAGCAGCAGCUGUAAAGGGCCUAUCGUGGGCCCGUGAACUGAAUUAUGACACGGCUCAUAAGUUUCUUGCCAAGAGCUUUGUUAAUGGACGCCAUUGGAUUGCCCCCUCAGAUGCUUAAAACAUUUUUACGAAUAUUUUUUUGUUAAUUAAUUAAUUCUUUAAUUCCAUUCAUUUUGUUCAUAAUAAUAAUAAAAUGAUUGUAAUUAUAGUAAUAUAUUUAUAUUUUUAUUCUUGGAGGUUCAA